UGUUUGAAGGGUGAUGAUGCUCCAGUAAUUUUCCCCGCUCCAUUCCUAGGCAUCGCUUUGCUUUCCUUCCGGGGAAGAUCGUUCUGCUUGUGAUCCUGCUGAGGAAAGAGACUCCGAUGGACUUACACCGGGCAGCAUUCAAGAUGGAGAACUCACCCUAUCUCCCCAACCCACUGGCCUCCCCAGCACUGAUGGUUCUCGCCUCCACUGCCGAAGCCAGCCGUGAUGCUUCCAUUCCCUGCCAGCAGCCGAGGCCUUUUGGGGUCCCUGUGUCAGCAGAUAAAGACGUGCACAUUCCCUUUACCAAUGGCUCAUACACUUUUGCCUCAAUGUAUCACCGCCAAGGUGGGGUGCCGGGAGCAUUUGCAAACCGUGACUUUCCUCCAUCCUUGCUUCACCUUCACCCCCAGUUUGCACCCCCCAACCUGGACUGCACCCCAAUCAGUAUGUUGAACCACAGUGGCGUUGGGGCUUUCCGCCCCUUUGCAUCCAGUGAAGAUCGGGAGAGCUACCAGUCAGCCUUUACUCCGGCCAAGCGCCUGAAAAACUGCCAUGACACUGACUCUCCCCAUCUGCGCUUCUCGGACACCGAUGGGAAGGAGUAUGAGUUUGGCACCCAGCUCCCCUCCAGCUCCCCUGGCUCCCUCAAAGUUGAUGAUACAGGGAAGAAGAUAUUUGCUGUUUCUGGCCUCAUUUCUGACCGUGAGACCUCAUCCAGUCCUGAAGACCGAAGUGACAGAUAUAGAAGCGACAACCAAAGAGGGCCCCAGGCGUCUGCAACUGCCACUCAUCGUAUGAUUUUAACUCUCCCCCUCUGCAAAAAGAAAGCAACUUUGUUUGACAGCCAGGCUCCGAUCUGCCCCAUCUGCCAGGUCCUUCUUCGCCCCGGGGAGUUGCAGGAGCACAUGGAGCAGGAGCUGGAGAAGCUCACGCAGCUGAACAUCAGCAAGAGCUCCAUCCUGAAGGAUGCCAUGGCAGCAGGCACCCCCAAGUCAAUUUUGUUGUCGGCCUCAAUCAAGCGGGAAGGAGAUUCUCCGACAGCAUCACCCCACUCCUCAGAUGACAUCCAUCACUCAGACAGAUACCAGACCUUCCUGCGGGUGCGAGCGAACCGGCAGACCCGGCUGAACGCUCGGAUUGGAAAAAUGAAACGGAGGAAGCAAGACGAAGGGCAGGUAUGUCCCCUCUGCAGCCGACCUCUGUCAGGAUCCGAGGAGGAGAUGAGUAGGCAUGUGGAACAAUGCCUUGCAAAGAGAGAAGGUUCAUGCAUGACUGAGGAUGACUCUGUGGACAUCGAGAACGAGAACGGCAACCGCUUUGAAGAGUACGAGUGGUGCGGACAGAAGAGGAUACGGGCUACUACUCUCCUGGAGGGAGGAUUUCGAGGUUCUGGGUUUAUCAUGUGCAGCGGGAAAGAGAAUCCAGACAGUGAUGCUGACCUGGAUGUGGAUGGAGACGACACACUUGAAUACGGGAAACCACAGUACACAGAGGCAGACAUUAUCCCUUGCACUGGAGAAGAGCCAGGUGAAGCCAAAGAAAGGGAGGCGCUCCGAGGUGCUGUUUUAAAUGGUGGCACACCAAGUACUCGAAUAACGCCAGAGUUUUCUAAAUGGGCCAGUGACGAAAUGCCCUCAACGAGUAAUGGUGAGAGCAGUAAACAGGAGACCAUGCAGAAGACCUGUAAGAACAGUGACAUUGAAAAAAUUACAGAAGACUCUGCAGUGACAACAUUUGAAGCGUUAAAGGCUCGUGUCCGUGAGUUAGAAAGGCAGCUUUCCCGUGGGGACCGCUAUAAAUGUCUCAUUUGCAUGGACUCCUACACAAUGCCCCUGACUUCUAUUCAGUGCUGGCAUGUGCACUGUGAAGAAUGCUGGCUGCGGACUCUGGGUGCCAAGAAGCUCUGUCCUCAGUGUAACACCAUCACGUCUCCUGGAGACCUUCGGCGCAUCUACUUAUGAAGGACCCAGCAGGAGGGCGGGACCCAGCUACUCGGCUCAGCUCAUCACACCCAGGGGGAGAAGAACGACCACAACAAAAAAAAGACGUUUUAAAAUUCAAAGAAAAAACAAACCAGGGACUCCAGACAUGGACUCGAGGAUACAGGAGCAGCGGGGAGCCUCGGCUGCCAGGUCCCACAGUUUGAGACCUCCUUCAGCAUCUGCAGCGGGCAAAACCAAAUCCUUUGUUGUGAAGCCCCCUUUUUUAAAACCAGUGUUCCCCAUCACCCAUUCCCUGGAGCUGGCUUUGCAUUGCGGAUGGCUCGUGAGCCCUCCUUUGGACUGUGUUGUCGACCACUCUGCCCCCAGGAGACUGGGGAAGGGACCCUUGACAGAAAGAUGUUAAAUAACCUGUAACUUGUGUUCCUUGAUCAGUUUUUGUUUUGUUUUUAUUUGUUUUGGUUUGAUUUUAUUUUUAUUUUUUUUUUGGUUGGUUCUGUUUUGGUUUUUUGUGGUGUUCUAGUGAUGACUAAAAGGUUUAAAAAAAAAAAAAAACACACCCAGGCAGAAAUGAAGCACAUGUAAUAUAGAUUAUAUAUGUUUACAAUGUUGUGUAUAAAUGGGAUAGACUCAAACAUUACAUACUAAUAAGUUUCCCUUUCUUUUCUUUGGGUUGUAUUUUUUUUAAAGAAGAAAAAAAAAAUGAGCAGAGAACAUUAAACCCAUAUUUUUCUUGGUUCAGCAAAGUUUUGGCAUUAAAGUCAUUAGUUUAAAAAAAGUAUAUAUAUACAUAUAUAUAAUAUAAAUGGUUUAAUGUUCUGUGGUGUAUAUUUCCUCAUUCAGAUAUGAAGUUAACAGCUUUUAGUAAUGGCUGUAGCAUUGCCCAUAACUUACAGAACUUAUGGGGAGUAGAGGAGGUGGAUUUUUGUCAUUAGUUGUAGCUAAUGGGGCUAUUUAUAAUAGAAUCGUUAUCCCCGGAAAGACACAGCUUUUAACUCCUCACCGGGGGGCCAGGCAGGACAGGGGGAAUCUGGCUCAGCCCCCUUUAUCUUUCCCAGCUGGGGAAGGGGCAAAUGGUGAGGAGCUGGAAAGAGGGAGUCUGUCAGAGCACUGUCCUUUCCCCUAGUGCCUGCUUGGGGGUCGAGCUGACACCUUGUGCUCCCCCAGCCCAUAGCCCCUUUUCCCCUGCCCUGCCUGGCUUUGCUUUCCUCCUUUGGGCAGUGUUUCCUGGCUGAAGAUGCCGGGGCAUCAGGCUGGUGCUGAGGCAGGACAGUGGGGAUGGCAGGGGACAGGAUGGUGGUGGCUUUGCCCAGAGAGACUCAGCCAGUUCCUGUGCAGAGCUGCCUGGCAGAGCUGUGCAAGCCCUGCAGAGCCAGCCCUGCCCUGCUCUCGUUUCCCCCAGCUCCCGCUCUCCCGCAGCCUGCGUUUUUCCUAAGAGGUUUUGGCACUAGGGCAGAGAGCCAAGCCAGCCCUGUCUCGUCCCCCCUGCCACUCCCAGGGUCCAGCAGAGACACUCUCAGCUGGACCCAGAGGUCCCCUGCAGCCCCAGCUUCUUCCAUGCAGUCCCUCAUGCUUGUCCCUGUCUCCUGUAUCCUCAGCCUUAACCAAAGCUGCCAUCUGGCCUGGUUUUUUUUGUUCUUUCUUUUAUUGUCAGGAUCCAAGAAACAGAUAGCAACCCAUUUUCCAAGGCCUUGGGACUUCUCCCAGCCCCACACUGUGCAUCCCUGCCACAGUUUCCUGGGCAGCUGUGGGGUGCCAGCUCCCCAUAGCCAGAAGACAGGGAGAUGGGAAAGCUCAUCUGCCCCAUUCCUUUCCAAGCAGAUCCCACCUGGCAGCACAACAUAGCUGGAGCAUUAAGACAGUCUGGAAAAAGCAGUGGAUGAGGGGUUUGGAGCUAGGACCCCAGUGCUGCUGGGGUAUUGCUGGGUAAGCAGAAUGUGGGGGGUGUGACAGUCCCACUGCUGCUUCCCUACCUUGAGCUCUUUUGCAGAGAACAGCUGCAGCCUUGGCAUCUUCUUGACUGAUUCAAAAGGAUCCCACUGCACCCAAAAAACCCCAAAUGAAAUUGAAGGAGCUGUUAUUUCAUAAAUAUCUCAUCAAAAAGCGACAGUUCCUAAUUGGGAGUUUCCCUUGUGUCCACACUGAUAACUGUGUGGCCUCUGAGACCAGAGAGCUGCAGCCUCCACUGCUCUGUGCCAGCAGAGCUCCUGGGAACCAGAGAAAGCCAAGGCACCCCAGAGGGUUCUGCCUUCACAGGGAGACUGUGGGCAGGGGCUGUCACUGCGGGGUAACCCUGCAGCCAGCAGCACAAGGCAGGGGAAGGGCAGGCAUGCAUAGCUCAGGCUGGACUUGUGAAGGGAGAAAAACUUUCAGGGUACAUGGCUCAGCUGGGAGAGUGCUGGUGCUGAGGUCUCAGAGAUUGAGAGGGGGCAGCCAGGUGGGUUUGAGAGGCAGCCAGGAAGGGCAAGAGGGUAGGACACCCCUACCCUGCCCUUCCUUGGAAAUAGCCUGGCUCCCUCCCAGGGCCUUUCUGGCAGGUGUUGUGGACCAGCCACGUGCUUUAUGUACGUAUGAGUAAAACCAUAUGUAACUAGUCACUGGUUCUUUGCUUUGGGAUUUAUUUUUGGUUUUUUGGGGGUUUUUUUGUUUAAAUUGUAAAGCCAUCCCAUUUUCAAGGGGGAAGCUGCAGGGGGAAGGCUGGGGAGAGAGGCAUCCCAGUUUGUAACAGGCAUCUGCCACUUCCCCUCUUCUGUAAUGAGUUUAAAUGAUUUAAAAAAAAAAAAAAAAAGUGAAAUAUCAGAGUUACCUAUCUUUGCCCAAAGAAUCCCAGUUGCACAAAGCGAUAUUCCGGUGUGUCAAUGAUUGUGUGUCAGUGUAUACUAUACAAAGAGGUACUUGUCACUCCCGUUUGUAAACUACAUUUGACAUUAAUUAAACAAGUAUAAAUCUUG